GAUCUUCCGCUUCCCAAUUCAUAAGUUUAUUUAUAAAUAAAUUAUAAAUGGGUGGUGCCUCCUCCGUGCUCUCUCAAUCUCCCCCGUCGGUCUCCAAUCUCCCCAUCAUCCUCCCCUCCAAUCCCUACAAUCCAACGCCCUUUCGCCUCGAUCGCACCACUCGUUUCCUCCGCUCCGAUACGCGCACCGCCAUGAGCGUCUCCUCUCUUCCACUCUCCAGCGUGCGAUGCGGGGGAUCCGACGGUCUCGGAGAGGAGGCCCGUGGCUCGGCGAGGGUUGUGGCGCCGGAGUUGGUGGAGAGGUUGGUGUCUGAUGCUUUGGUGUGGAGCUCCCUCCAUGGCCUUGUUGUCGGGGAUAGAAGCAACCAGAGGUCAGGAAAAGUACCUGGUACUGGUCUUGUUCAUGCCCCAUUUGCUCUACUGCCUAUGUCUUUCCCAAAAGUAUACUGGAGACAAGCAUGUGAACUAGCUCCCAUCUUCAGUGAGCUGGUAGAUCGUGUUAGUUUGGAUGGAACGUUUCUACAGGAAUCUUUAUCCAGAACAAAGAAGGUGGAUGCUUUCACUCAUAGGCUCUUAGAAAUUCAUUCAAAGAUGCUGGAAAUAAACAAGAAAGAGGAUAUCCGUUUGGGUUUGCACAGGUCAGAUUAUAUGCUGGAUGCUGAAACUAAGUCGCUUUUCCAAGUAGAGCUGAACACAAUUUCAUCUUCAUUCCCUGGGCUUAGUUGUCUAGUAAGCGAGCUUCACAGAAACUUGCUUAAUCACUAUGGAAAACACGUGGGAUUAGAUUCAAGAAAAGUCCCUGGAAACACAGCCGUCAGUCGAUAUGCCGAAGCAUUAGCCAAAGCAUGGUCUGAGUACAAUAAUAGCAGUGCUGUAGUCAUGUUUGUUGUUCAAAAUGAAGAGCGGAAUAUGUAUGAUCAAUAUUGGCUUUCAGAAGUGAUGAAGGAGAUGCAUGGAGUGACUACUAUUCGCAAAACUUUAGCGGAGAUUGAUGCAGAAGGACGCGUUUCAUCUGAUGGAACACUUACUGUGAAUGGCCAUACAGUUGCAGUUGUAUAUUUCAGAGCCGGUUACUCACCAAGUGAUUAUCCUUCAGAAUCAGAAUGGAGAGCAAGGUUUUUAAUGGAACAGUCUGCUGCUAUAAAAUGCCCAUCGAUAUCCUACCAUUUGGUGGGAACAAAGAAAAUUCAACAAGAACUAGCAAAGCCCAAUGUUCUUGAAAGGUUCAUUGAUAAUAAAGAUGACAUAGCAAAACUCCGAAAAUGCUUUGCUGGAUUGUGGAGCUUGGAUAAUGAGGAUGUUGUCAAGUCAGCGAUAGAAAAGCCUGAAUUAUAUGUUCUGAAACCCCAACGAGAAGGCGGAGGAAACAAUAUCUAUGGUGAUGAUGUGCGCGAAACAUUAUUCAGACUGAAAAGUGAAGGAAGCGAGGAACUUUCCGCAUAUAUACUAAUGCAAAGGAUCUUUCCAACAGCUUCGCUUGCUUAUCUCGUUCGCGAAGGUGUUUGUCAUAGGGGCGACGCGAUUUCUGAACUUGGAAUAUAUGGUGCCUACUUGAGGAACAAAGAUAAGGUAAUCAUGAACGACCAGUGUGGCUACUUGAUGCGGACCAAAGUUUCCUCAUCAAAUGAAGGUGGAGUUGCUGCCGGAUUUGCAGUUUUAGAUAGUAUUUAUCUGAACUGACAAGACUUACUACAAAUUGGAUGCGGCAAUGCUAAUCUUAGAGGAUCAAAGGAUGAGGUGAUACCAUGUUGCUCCAGUUGGGAAAUAAAAAUGCAACAAAAACACUGUUAUCCCUUCUAACAUUCGAAUUGAGGCCGAUCGUAUAUACCGAAGUUGGCUCGAGGCUUGAUGGUGGAUAUUUGAGAUUUUAAGUUUGAAGUCUAGUUGCUUUAUAUUUAAAAUUUGAACAAAGCGGGUAGCUGAAAGACUACCUAUUCACCUAAAUAAAUGGGGUGUAAAAACUUACUCAGGAUAUGUGUUUGUUUCACCGAAAGUGGAGUGGUAAAAUGAUUUUUGGUAAUAAAGACCUAAUUCCGUCGUUUCA